UCCAGGUUGUCUCUCCAGAGCGGAUGUCGGAAAUAGCGGACAACGGAAGGGAGGCUAUUAUGAUAGCAUUACUCGAGGAUGGCCACUCCAUGGUGAACAAUGCAAUCAAUGCGCAGAACAUCAAACACUACCGAAUCAUGAGCGAACAGUUAUACUUCGAGUACGAAAUAGCCUACACCACCAAGACAUGGCCCCUGUUGGAUAGAAUCGAUUCCAUGAGUUUGCGAGCUCGUGAUGCCUGCCUGUUUCGGCACAUGGAACAAGUCAUGGUCGAUCGGUACAUGGACUACUGGGUCCAGGUAUCGAUCGAGCAUUCCCGAGAAAGACCUCAUGUUCAGCUGCAAAAAAUGGUGCUCGAAGAGAUUUCCGGUGCUUUGAUGAUCCUUGGUGUAGGACAGACGGCUGCAGCUGUGGCAUUUAUUUUGGAGAAUGUUUUAUAUUAUGGUAUGCGUUCUGGAAAGAAGCUAUUUAAGCAUAUCACAAAUUCCGUGCGUCCAAUGCAUCCAACAAAAACCUAAUAUACCGUCAAGCUACCAUUCACCGUGUAUUUAAGAAAAAUUCGCACUUCUAAAAAUUAUAUAACUUUUCCAAAUAAUUUGAAGCGUAAUAAAAUACCACUAUGUAGCGCGCAAUUAUAUCAUAAUUCCGGGAAAAAUCUAAAAC